AUGGCUCGUAGUUUGCUCUGCAGAGGUUUCGAUGGGUUGCAACUCUGUAGGAAAACCUCGCUGGUCUCCGCUACUCGGUUCUGCUCUCAGUCAGAACCGGAGCCGCUGAUCGUGAGACAACAAAACAAUGGAAUCAGGAGACUGAUAUUGAACAAUCCCAAGAAGAGGAAUGCUCUGUCGUUGUCCAUGCUGGAGUCUCUCAGAGAGAACAUCCUGACUGAUGUGGACAGCGACGAUCUCAGAGUUAUCGUCAUAUCAGCCAAAGGUCCAGUGUUUUCAUCCGGACACGACCUGAAGGAGCUGACGUCAGUUCAGGGCAGAGACCAUCACACAAAGGUUUUUCACACCUGUUCAGAGCUCGGAGAAACUCAGACCAUCCAGGAAUUGUGCUGUAUACAUGCAUGA